GCGUGGGCCUGAGCCAUUUGGUUGUGGCCCAGAGUUAUUGUUAGAGGUCCAAGGGUUGUAUUAGGCAGAAGAGGAGGCAGGAAAACUGUUGUCAGUGGUGUGACAAAGACUCUGAGAAGGACCUGGGCGGUGGUGGCGUGGGCCGUUGCCUCAACACGACGGAGGUGUGUGUCAUCGGUGGGAAAAGAAGUGCCAGUAUUGUUGAAUGCCGUUCCUAGUGAGACAACUUGGUGGAUGGUCGUGGGAUAGUGAUAUUCAAGAUGGGGUCAUGUAGCGGAACAGUGCCGGAAUUCGAGACUGGAGGUGUUGAGCCAGUAGGUGGCCUUAGUGGAAGUGGUGAAUGGCAUUGCGACACAUUGGAAAGCUCGCCGGAUAUUGGAAUGGAAGCGGAAGAGGAGGGAGAACCGUUGGAGGAUCGCGAUGAAGAAGAUAAUGGCAUCUCUGAACCAGUCAUGUACAGUGCCGCAGAGAUACUGAAAAUGGAAUUCAACAACCCUGAUGAGGCGUCCCGUUUCUAUGAACAAUAUAGCCGGGCGAAGGGUUUUGCCACGAGGCAGGGAAAGAAACUGAAAAAUAAAAAGGGGGAAAUAGUUCGGUACACGUAUUUAUGCAACAGAGAAGGUUUCAGAGACAAAAAAUGGCUAGAGAUGCAGGAUCGAAAGCGAGAGCACAAGGUUGUCACGGGAUGUGGGUGUUUGGCGGAGAUGAGGAUAAAGCCGAAAGGUGAUAGCGGAAUUUGGUAUGUUUCACGCUUCGUAGAUGACCAUAACCAUGAUCUUCUACCUGCAAAGUUUGUGCCAUACCUGCCUUCGUACCGGAAGAUUUCUGAUGUUGAUUUAGCCCAUAUGGACAGCUUGAGGCAAGUUGGAAUUUUUAUUCCAAAAAUAUGAGUCAAUUGCUGCGCAGGCAGGCGGAUUUAACUUUGUUCCUUUCACAAAGAGAGGUAUGUACAAUGAGAUUAGGAGACAACGUGCCUUAAGGAAUGGUGAUGUGAAUGCGGCUCUAAGGUUUUUUGAGAGAUGU